AUGGAACUUGACAAAAUAAAAGUCAUCGAAGAUAAAGUAAAAUACACAGUUUUCAAUGAUCCUGUUCAUGGCACCAUUUCUCUUCACCCAUUUCUGGUUAAAAUAAUUAACACACCACAGUUUCAAAGGCUCCGAAAUAUCAAACAACUUGGAGGAGCUUACUUUGUCUAUCCAGGUUCUUGCCAUAACCAAUUUGAGCACAGCAUUGGAACAGCGCACUUGGCAGGGAAACUUGUCCGCCAGUUGAAGGAAAAUCACCCCAAGCUUAAAAUUAAUGAAAAAGAUAUUCUUUGUGUGGAAAUCGCGGGCCUCUGUCAUGAUCUUGGCCACGGCCCAUUCCCCCACUUGUUUGAUAAUAAAUUCUACAAGGCAGUGGAUGCAAAGAAAAUUCCGCAUGAAAAGAUCUCGUAUGAAAUGUUGGAAUAUUUACUCGCGGAUGAAAGAAAUCAAUUCAAUCAAGCAAAUCUCCGAUUAUGUAAAAAUGAUAGGACUUUCAUAAAAGAAAUGAUCACCGGGGAAACAGAUGAUAAUAAUCCAGGACGACCGCCUAGAAAAGAGUUUCUGUAUGAGAUAAUUUCUAAUGAGCGAAAUAAAGUUGACGUGGACAAGUGGGAUUACAUUGCAAGAGAUUGCUAUCAGCUUGGAAUGCAAUAUGGCUUCGAUCACAAUCGUUUCAUGGAAUUAAUGAGAGUAUGUGAGGUAAAAGGAAAACGGCAAUUGUGCGUUCACAAGAAAGAAUGCUUUAAUCUAUACCAAAUGUUUCACACGAGGUAUUGCCUUCAUCGUAGGGCUUACCAACACCCCGUUGUUAAUGCCGUUGAGGAAAUGUUCACCGAGGCUUUGGUUCAUGCUAAUGAACACGCUAUCGAUGGUAUUAAAUUGUCAGAAUGUGCAAACGAUUUAGGUGUCUUCAUGAAGCUUGAUGAUGGUAUUUUUAAUACAAUUUUGAAUUCGACAAAGACGAAACUGGAGAAGUCAAGAGAAAUACUUGAAAAGAUAAUGAGAAGAGAAAUUUAUCGGACAGUGGCAAACGAGAAGAUGAAGGAUCACCAACAAAAGUACACGGAAGAAUUGAUAAAAAAAGAGAUUGAUUCCCAACAAAAUCUUAAGGAACAUUUGAUUGUAAAAAUAGUGAAGCUAAACUACGGAAUGAAAGAAGGGAGAAAUCCCAUUGAUUUAUACAAUUUUUAUCCUAAAAACAGCCCGGAUGUUGCUUCACCAAUUCCAAAAGACGAAAUUUCCAGCAUGCUACCACCUGUAUUCGAAGAAUUUCGGUUGCAAAUAUUCUGUAAAAAUCCAAAAAAGUUUAAGGACGCUAAGGAAGCAUUUGAAUCUUGGUGGAAAAAAGAAAUGCAGAAAGCACUCAAGAGAAAGUCAGAUGACAAACCAGGUACUAGUAAGAGAGCCUGUGAAGAAGAAACAAUUUCAGCACACAAAUGA